GUUCUAGACUUCCUUCUCGUUACUUUCGGCAUUCAUGGUGUUGAUCUUCAAAAUGGACCUUUGGUUUCGCUUCCCGGUGUCUUUUGGCAUUCUUUUCCUAUAAGUUCUAGACUUCCUUCUCGUUACUUCGGCGUUCAUAGUGUUGAUCUUCAAAAUGAACUUUCGGUUUCGCUUCCUGGUGUUUCUUGGCGUUCUUUUCCUAUAAGUAUUCUUGGGGGAGUUCUAGACUUCCUUCUCAUUACUUUCGGUGUUUAUAGUGUUGAUUUUCAGAAUAGACCUUCGUGUAGAUUUUGGAUAGAAUUGCUGUUGAAGUUGCCGCCAGAAUUGCUGUUGGAGCCAUCGUUGGUCGCUAUUGAAGUUGCUGCCGAAAUUGAUGCCGAAAAUGGUUAG